CACUGUACUACGAAUCGAAUCUGAACUAUGAGAAUUGUCGUACCUCUUUUCCACAUCGCUUCACUGGACCCCCAGCCUAAGCUGAAACUCAGGGUACAAAGUGCUCCAAACACUUACUCAGAGCCCCCCCCUCCUUUUACAACACACCACCUCCUCGCGCUCUCCGAAUCAUCAACCCAUCCCCGCCAAGUCCCAAAGAACCCUCAAAAGCUUUCGUCAUAGCGACGAGCCGCAUGCUUUCCCAACACGUGCGAGCACUCCUCCCUGCCGAAAUUUCCAAUCCAAGAAGAACCAUCCAAACCUCCCUCCUGCGCUCGCAAUGCUACCUCUCUGAAGGGAAAGCCCACCUCGCCCUCCAGCAGGCAGAUCUCGCACUGUACAUCGCAUCUCAGCACAACCUCUACAUGUUAGAAGCCAAAGCACAGUUUUAUCGCGCAAAAUGCUUCAUAGACACGGCUAGGUGGAAGGAAGCCAGGUGGGCUUUGGUUAGAGCUGCUAGCGUGAGGGACUUUGAGAGAGAGAUUGAGUACAUGGGGAAGAGGUGCCAAGACGAGAUAGAAUGUGAGGCUUGGCUUGCUAAGGAGGAGAAGUAUUGGUUGAAGAUGAUCGCGGAUAGGGAGACUGAGGCGAGGGAGAAGGCCGAGAGGGGAAUGUUGGGGUUAUUAAGCGAGAAGACCGCAAGCGGUGAUGCGAUGGUUCUCAUUAUCAACCUAGUGGUCUGGGAUAUGCACACGGGCCCAAAACCUGGACAUAGAGUAAAGUUACCAGAUAUCGAGCAACUGCUCGUCCCAGCAACGUCAUUUACACCAGAAAUAAGUCGAACUCCUGCCUCCACAGAAACUUCGCCAACAAGUCCAAUCAUCCCCACAUCGUCACCGAACCUUCUCCAGAUUCAAGCUCCACCUUCCAGAAGGAAAACACCACAGUGGCUCCUUGACGAGAUCGCUAGUAGUACACCAUUCGAGGCAUCUCCAUACGCGGUCAUCGCACCUUUAUCGUUUUCUCGAAAGAAUAGUCUAGCAACGGAAGAGGAUACGAUUGAUCUCUACCCGGAAGCAUUAUCCUUCCCGACCAAGGAUCUCAAAGCUACAACUGCGAAACAAAAGGCUACCCAUCCGAGUGAUAUCGGAAACCAACCUGCUGGAAUCAACACAGCAGACUUUGCAAAGGCCAAAAAAGUAGAGCAACAGACCUCAGAGACCAAACCCCACGAGAUGUCUUUCUUUGCAGGAAAAAGCAGCGCUAAGCUAAAGAUAGCUCCAGCCACACUUCAGCAUAAGGACAUUUUGGCCUUCAAACAACUGGCCCGAGCCAUUGGUCCAAAUGAUGCAUGUUCCCAAAUCGCGGAGGCUGGCUUGAAGGCUCUGGACGAAGCCCAGCAGAGAAACAUCGAGGAGCCUUUUUACGAUGCUGCGGAAUUUGUGAAACUGAAGCAAAUGGCCACGAGACUAGAAACUCAAAAAAAGGGCAGCGGCGAGGGUGGUAGUAAAGACGACGAGGAGAUCUCAAAGCUUACCAAGAAGAACGAAGAGUUAGAAAAAGAGAACAAGAAACUUAAGGAACAGAUUGCCAAGCACGGAAAGACCAAGAUUGGAAAGCUAGAGCAGGAUCUGAAGGAGGCACAGGAUAUGUUCCAGGAGCAAAAGGAUCUAACCAAGGAGAAAGAAGCUGAAAUAGGCAGAAUGGAGGAAGGAUGGAUCCGAAAGGAAGAUUGCAAGGAACAUGAGGAUGCUGAAGUUGCUCGAUUGGAUGCCGAGAUUGCCGCUUUGCAGAGAGAAAUAUCAGAAGACGGGAGCGGAAAAGGUAGCGACGACUCAGAGGGACAUAAGACACUGCGGGCCCGAAUCUUGGAACUCGAUGCAGAGCUAGAGAAGUCCAAGGCGCAAAUCAAGAAACAGUCAGACCAGCUAAAAGCUCGCGGUCUAAUUCCAGGGGCUACAGGCGAUCUCGCGGAAUGCGAAGAAGAGAAUGAAAGGCUCACUGGAUUGCUCCUUCACUACAAAGCAGAGAAUGCCAAACCAGGAAGGUCAGGCAGUGCUGAUGCGAAGUCUGUCGAACUCGGACUCAAGAACUUAGACGUUAUGCAAAGAAUAAAUACUAGGAUGCAGACAGCGCUGAAUGAUGCUGUGACCAAAGAACGAGCAUUGAAAACAGAUCUGGAAGCAUUAAGAGCUGAGGUCGACGUCUUUAAGACCAACAAUACGGACGAUAUACUCAAGGACUGCUGGGAACGAAGAGACAGAUUGGAGCAAGAAGUGGCUGGAAAUAAGACACAAAUAGAUCAACUCAAAGAGCAAUUGAGGGCAACGAUAGCUGAUGCGAAAAGCGCAUCUGAACAAGCAGCAAGAGAUGUCGCAACAGUCGAAGCCGAUAUCAACAAAAUGAAUGAGGGGGAAGCACAAGAUUUGCUUGAUGCCCAGGAGCAAGCCAGGGAGUUGACACAAGAGAAUGAGACAAUCUUUGGCUUAGUCGCAAAAUACCGCGAUGAUAUUGAGAAACUGAAGAAAGAUCUGAAGAAGAAGAAACGCUCACGCGGCAAGGGUGACUCAAGUGACGAGGACCAGCGCAAGAAAAAGAAGGCUGAUGCUGCCGAAAUUGGUCGACUGAGGCUGGAGAUCGCAAAGCUGAAGCGACUACUACGCGAGCUGACUAGUAGAUAUGAGGGCCAGAGAGACCAGUCUGGACGAAUGGUUGCACUGAACAGAGAGUAUAUGACACUGCUCCAAAAUGCCCGUAUCGCCUACCCACUUGCAGAUGGCUCAGGCGCACCUGAUGCACUUGAAGAUCCUCCUGAGCCGGUUGGAAGGGAGCCAUCCGAUAUCCUAGCUUCUGUUAUGGAAGUUGAGCUUGCGAUCUUGCGUGCGCAAACCGAAAUUCAAUGGGUUAUUGCCAUCAGAGGACAUACUGGCUUCGUAGCAGGCGAUCUAACAAGAGCUACUGCCAUGAUUGACAGCGCACUCGAGAUGGUGGCGCUCUUGCCUGGUCCCUUGACAAAUCCGAUCAGGACCCUCCUCGGAGAAGCAAACUGGUGGAGCUUCAUGGUCCGCUACUACAGUGAUGAUCUACCUGGAGCACAGCUUGCUCUUACUAUAGCACAUAAUUGUCUAGCUUAUUUGAGACUCGAGGAAUCUAGAAUAGCGGUUUCAGCGUGGAUGGCCCGGCCUGUGCUACCACCAAUUCCAAGAACUCGAAGAGGCUACGCACGCAAAGAUUCCAUUAAGAAGUCGAAGAAGACUUCGAAGAAAGGAAAGGGCGGUGAUGAAAAUAAAAAAGACACGAAGGAUAAGAAGGAUGAGCAGGAAAAGAAGGACAAGAAGGACAAGGACAAGGACAAGAAGGAGAAGGAUAAGAAAGGGAAGGGAAAGCAAGAAGAUGACAAUAGCGACGAAAUGGAUAGCGACGAUGUUGAUGGCUUUCAAGGCGCUUGA